UUUGGGGGGAGUGAAAGCUACUUGUUCACACACCAAACUGUUUGUCUUACCAUCACUUUCAAAAAGUUGACAAAAAACAUUCUAUCUUUAUCUUUAUUUUGGUGUUGGAAUUUUUCUGAAGCAACCAAUUAAACAUAGUUCAUAAGUAUUGUUUUUACAGGACUAGAUUGGAGUGGCAUCCAGUAAAACUAUGGAUCAGCUUUGUCCAUCUCCAAUGAAGGCCACGUCUAAUGGCAUUUUUCAAGGUGAUAAUCCCCUGGAUUUUGCACUUCCGCUGGCCAUUUUACAGAUAUGUUUAGUUCUCAUCGUCACAAGAGGUCUUGCCUUUUUGCUGCGGCCGCUACGACAACCACGUGUAAUUGCUGAGAUUAUUGGAGGAGUAUUGCUGGGACCAUCAGCACUUGGUCGAAACAAAGGCUAUUUGAAUGCAGUAUUCCCGCCGAAGAGCAUCACUGUCUUAGACACUUUUGCAAACAUUGGUCUCCUGUUCUUUUUAUUUCUGGCUGGCUUAGAACUAGAUGUCAAGUCAUUGCGUCAGAGUGGGAAAAAAGUCCUUGCCAUUGCUGUUGCAGGAAUUAGUCUUCCGUUUGCUUUGGGAAUCGGCACUUCAUUUAUUCUUCGAGAAACUAUAAAUAAAGGUGUAAAUGCUACCUCAUUUCUUGUAUUCAUGGGUGUAGCCCUUUCCAUUACUGCAUUUCCUGUUCUGGCACGAAUUUUGGCUGAGCUGAAACUUUUAACUACUGAUGUUGGGCGAAUGGCCAUGUCUGCGGCAGCAGUUAAUGAUGUGGCAGCUUGGAUUUUACUUGCUCUUGCCAUCGCCUUAUCUGGUGAUAAUCUAUCCCCAGUUGUGUCACUUUGGGUUUUCCUCUGUGGUUGUGGUUUUGUCGUUGGCGCCAGUCUUAUUGUGCCACCAAUUUUUAAGUGGAUUUCGCGGCAUUGCCACGAAGGUGAACCUGUGGGUGAGCUGUAUAUUUGUGGUACUUUAGCUGCUGUACUUGCAGCUGGAUUUGUCACUGAUAUUAUUGGGAUUCACGCAAUGUUUGGGGCUUUCGUGAUUGGAGUUCUACUCCCAAAGGAGGGACCAUUUGCAGGUGUACUGGUUGAAAAAGUUGAGGACCUUGUAUCUGGUCUUUUCCUUCCAUUAUACUUUGUCUCAAGUGGUCUAAAAACGAACGUUGCUACAAUCCAAGGUAUACAAUCAUGGGGUUUGCUAGUUCUGGUCAUACUUACAGCUUGUUUUGGGAAGAUUGUUGGUACUUUUAUAGUUUCCCUUCUCUGGAGGAUUCCCAAAAAUGAAGCUCUUGCUCUUGGAUUUCUUAUGAACAGUAAGGGACUAGUGGAACUGAUUGUCCUUAACAUUGGUAAAGAUCGAAAGGUAUUGAAUGAUCAGACUUUUGCUAUCAUGGUUAUGAUGGCUCUCUUCACGACCUUUAUCACCACACCUCUGGUUCUGGCUGUUUACAAGCCAGCGAAAAUGCUAAGUAAAGGCGACUAUAAACAUAGAAGAAUAGAAAGGAAAAAUCCGAAUACUCAACUGCGAAUACUAACCUGCUUCUGUAGUUCUAGAAAUAUUCCAUCGCUCAUUAAUCUCCUUGAGGCCUCACGUGGGACUGAGAGGGGAGAAAGGCUUUCUGUAUAUGCAAUGCAUCUCAUGGAGUUCUCGGAGAGACGUCAGGCGUCAGCUAUCUUAAUGGUACACAAGGCUAGACAUAAUGGCUUGCCCUUCUGGAAUAAGGGUCAGCGGUCAGCUAACCAAGUUGUUGUGGCGUUCGAGGCUUUCCAACAAUUAAGUCAGGUCUCUGUGCGUCCCAUGACAUCAAUCUCAUCACUCUCUGACAUGCAUGAAGAUAUUUGCAUUACUGCUGAGAAGAAAAAUAUAGCAAUGAUAAUUUUACCAUAUCACAAGAAUCUGAGGCUCGACGGGUCAUUUGAGUCAACUCGACCUGAUUUUCACUUGGUUAACAGAAGGGUUCUUGAGCAUGCUUCAUGUUCAGUAGGGAUAUUUGUUGAUCGUGGACUCGGUGGUACUGCACAGAUAUCUGCAAGCAACGUUUCCUUUUCUAUUACCGUUCUAUUUUUUGGGGGCCAUGAUGAUCGUGAAGCACUUGCAUAUGGGGCUCGUAUGGCUGAGCAUCCUGGAGUCGAAUUAACAGUCAUUCUCUUCCUAGAGGAGUCAGAUUCAUCAGAAGAGAUAGUAAGAAUAGAUACAGAAGGCACUCCUGCUGCAACAUUAGUCUCUGCUGAUGAGGAGUUUCUUGCUGCUUUCAGAACGAGUAUAUCAGACGACAGUUCCAUUAAAUAUGAAGAGAAGAAUGUUAGAAAUGUGUCGGAAACAAUUACUAUCCUACGUGAUUACAGUCGAUGCAGUUUAUUUCUGGUUGGUCGAAUGCCCAAUGGUGUAGUACCUCUCGCAUUGAGGCAGAAGAUUGAUUGCCCUGAACUCGGGCCAAUCGGGGGUUUAUUGACUUCACCGGAAUUCGCCACAACAGCAUCAGUCCUGGUGGUGCAACAGUAUUAUGAUAACUUGUAUGCAAAUAGUUCUCAACAGAUGGUUGUAGAUUGAGUGCCAGAGAAUUAAUUAGGGACUCUUCAAUGAUAUUUGAAUUAUAAUGACUCUUCUUCAUUCUUGACAUUUUGUUCUAUUCAUCUUUUUGAGCUGUAAUUAUCACUUUUAUAAUACAAUAAUUCAAUGUAUGAAGACUUGUCAAUUUUCUGGUUGCUAUUUUGUUUAUGGUAAGUGGAGCGUUUUACUCGUA